AGUGAGCGGAAGCAGAGCCACAUUCACUCAGUCACUCAGUCAGCUGGCACAGGAGGAGGCUGCGGCGACUUCCUCGUUAUUUCUCGCAGGUAUCCCACUCCCUUCGUCGCCAGAACAAGCCUUCCGGAUUAAACAACAACAAAAGAAAAAAAAAGAGAAAAAUUUUGUUUUCGACGUGCACUCCACUCGAUGUGAAAAAGAGCGCGAGACAAAACAUAAGCGAAAUGGGAGCGUUCAGGGUGCUGUUGGGGAGUUUACAUUACAUGGGACUCUACAUGCAACUUAGUGUCUCCACGAGGCAAGCUGGACACGGCGAGAUAGAGAACCACAUCUCUGGGAACGCCAUGUUCACAGAGGUGCCUCACGAUAUGACUGCCCAAAGAGGUCAGGAUGUGGAGAUGGCCUGCUCAUUCAGAGGAGCGGGAACCCCUUCCUAUGCACUGGAAAUCCAGUGGUGGUACAUCAGGAACCAUCUUGACUGGACCCACAGGCAGCCCUGGACAACUAAUGAAGUGGCUCCUGAGGAGGAGAUGGCAAAGGAUGCUACAAAGAUAAGUGUUGUGAAGGUUGUAGGAAGCAACAUCUCCCACAAACUCCGCCUCUCCCGAGUCAAGCCGUCUGACGAGGGCACGUACGAGUGCCGAGUCAUUGACUUCAGCGACAUCGAGGGCGCGCGUCACCACCGCGUCAGAGCCUACCUGCAGGUGGUGCCGGAGAGCGACGUAAUCAGCCGUAACCCCAGCAACAACUUUGAGGCCAUGGACGACACCAAGAGAGGAGUGGGAUUCUCUGACGGGGACGACGGGGAGUCUCUCGGUGGCACCAAAGAGCACGCUCACAGCCAUCACCAGAAUCACGGGCACCACCAGGAGCACGGCAAGCGUUCUUCUUCACCUGCCCACCACAGCCACGGCAGCAGCAGCAGCAGUCAGCAACACAAGGCGGGCAGAGAGCUGAGGAAGAGGGACGUGGACAGUAACCACAGUAGCCACAAUGACUGCACCAACGAACCGAGCUGUGCGCUGUAGAUGGCAUUGCACAAGGAUUGCAUAAUAUGAUGUGUGUCACAGCAUAAAAAAGCUAUUCUUCCCACACAGUGCAGGCCUGUGCACAAAUCCAGAAUCUCUAGAAAAUGUCCAGUUUGGCUUAUUCUAAGCACAGGGCUGCAAACUGUGCAGGGAAUGUAGCUUUUUCUCGCUGUGCAUGGGUCUGGGUUGGACUGCUCACCUGUCUGUAAAGCCUGGCUUCACAGCAUUCAGCAAAAGGGUGGGAAGGGGGAGGGGGGUGCUGAUGUGUAGAUCUAGGCAGCUCCACAGGUUCUGGUCUCAGCACCAAUUAUAAAAAAAGAAAAGAAAAAAAGAGACUUCUGUCUUACUAUUAACCCGUGCUCUGUUCCACUCUUGUACUUUACAUACUGUAAAAGACACACUCAGCUUUCAUGCUCAUACUUCUUCCACUGCCUUACUCUGUCAUUUGAUACACCCUCAGAAAAGAAAGGCUGAUAUUGUACAUUUUAUAACUGGGUCUGUCCCCAGUAGAAAAAAAUCCUCCCUUUUAUUCUGAGAGUAUUCUGAAUGAAACUCAGCCUACUUCUUUCCCUGAAAAUCUUUUUCAGCUUCAUUACAUCUUUUUUUUUCUCUUCUGUGUGCAUUCAAUAAGUAUACAGCCACACAUCGACAAGUGUUCUCCCUGUGUUCCCAGAGCAGCAGUGCUUAUCCAGCACAGACACAAGUCUUAAAUCACAGAUACAUCGAUAGUUUGAAAAGGGAGAGAUUUUAAAUCAAACCAACAACAACACGGGCUCCAUCCUCCCCGCAGAGCUCUUUUGAGUUUAUGACGCCUCUCUGAAAAUUUGCCUUCCCUCGCUCGUGCUGCAGGUUUGAUCCACUCAUGGCUGUUCACGCUGAGAGAAAUCAAUCAAUCAAAUCGCUCCAUGCGGACCCCAUCCUAUUGGAAAGCCAUGAAACGGUCAAAUCCCAAUGCCUCUAAAUUAAACAGAUUUGGUGUGCCUCUGAAUCCUGACUAUAAAUACAUAGAAGGAACAGAUCGUGAUCUUCGUGAACCAAACUUCCCCCGUUUAUGGAGGAGCUGGGCUGUAUUCCUCUCCCAGCUUAGUUCUUUUAUUCCAGUGCUCUGGCCCAGUUCUUAUCAGUCAUUUUAAAAGAAAAAAGCCUCAAUCCUCUCCACUACAAGCCUCUAAACCCACCCUGUGUACAUGACUGUAAAAUAUGAAUUAAAGCUAGUGCAUGUUUAGUGAUUUUCUUAAAAAAAAAAAAGACUUUUGCAGCCAACCAAUAAAAACAGUGUUACCUGAGUUUACUUAUAUUGUAAAAAAAAAAACAUCAUUCUGUUCCGAAUCCAUAUUUUACUUUUAA